CUCUUUCAUUUCGAGACUGUUUCACUUUCCCGCAGAAAAUAGGGUGUCGAAUCUGUCCUAUAACCUCAGUUAUAUUUAUUACAAUCUAAAGAUUAAAAAUGUAUCAUUUAUGAUAAUUGUGGUUUGUUUUGUGCAAAGAUUGUUCUAAGUGAUGUUGUGUAAUAUCGUUUGUGUUCUUACGAUCACUCUGUAGCGUUUUAAAAAAUUAAACAUGGCCUCAAACCGAGGAAUUCAGAUCGGAUCCGCGUGGUUCCAACGGAAACUCAAUUUGAGGCCGCAGCACCGGGGCGUACACUUGGUUACGGAAGAGAUCCUCAAGCAGGUGCCUGAGUUGUCGCAGUUCGCUGUUGGGCUUUGCCAUAUACAAAUAAUGCACACAUCGGCGAGUCUAGCGCUAAACGAAAGUUGGGAUCCAGACGUGAGGGAUGAUAUGGAAAUGAUGCUCAACAAAAUAGUGCCAGAGGGUCUUCCUUACCGCCAUUCUUGCGAGGGCCCUGACGACAUGCCGGCUCACGUGAAGGCAUGCUUCUUGGGAUCAUCGCUGACCAUACCAAUCACAGAUGGAAAAUUAAACCUGGGCACAUGGCAAGGUGUCUGGCUCUGUGAACAUAGAAACCAUGCCGGCAGCCGAAAGGUGGUAGUCACACUAUCCGGUUGCCCCCGCGACUCUCCACUGUCACCCGUUUCUGUAGCGUCUUGCUCCAGUUAGGAAAGGGGGGGGGUCGCGACCCCCCACACUCAGUCCCACUCGCGACCUUCCUCCAAGAGCACGAGGAGGUAAACCUCCCAGAGAAUUUUUAUCCCACAGAAAAGAGAUCUUGAGGUUCAUAUUCAUCGACCAGCUGUCAAACUGUCAAUGACAUUCUAUAGUUUUGAAUUUGGAAUAUGACCAUUAAGAUGCCGAGCCCUUAUGCUUUAAUGUACGAGAACUAAUUAUGAGAAUACACCUAAUUGAUAUUUACAAUAAUCACAAACCCAAAAGAGCUUCUUAUUACCUUAUCUUCCCUUAAAGAUUUUUUUUUAUAAUUAUUAUUAGUGCUUUACAGCAUAUUGGCACUUUACUCUUUUCUGUGUACUAAGCCUACCUAGAACCACAGUACAUGUAACAAGCAGUGACUCAACUCUAGCUUUAGCGCUUCUAUGCUUGUUUUAAUUUUUUUGUUUAUUGCGCGUUGUUUUACAUAAAGUGCCUAAGCUUAUCAUACAAUAAAUGUUUUUUUGUUAGUUUUAAAUGUUUAUGUACUAUGUUGAUUGUUGCGUAAUUUUAUUAAUAUUUACAGGUCCUAGAAAUUCACGUGUCAAAUGAGGCUGUAUUAGUACUAACAAUGAGGUUGCAGGUUCCAAAGCAGACCUUAAAUUAUUUCCUUGUUUGAGUCUGCACUGAUAGACUCGGAGAGGCCAGAGCUCUACGAGUCCUGGUGUUCGGUUCUAUCUAUUAGUGCAGACAAUUAGAAUACCCAUAUGGAAUUGAGUUACUGUUUUAAUAUGUACUGUUCCUAGAUGUUAGUUCUUAUUCUUAUCUUCGAGCGACAAUAUGUACAUAAGAUUAAUAUUUUGUAAAGCUGUGCAUGGCAAUUUGAACAGUACGGCCGCUUCAGUAUUCGUGCAUAUUUCAUACUGGAGCUUAUUACUAUGAAUUUCGCCUUCAAGGCCGACCGACAAAGUUGUAACAGUGACCAAAUUAACGUUUAAUAAAAUAUAACUGUAGUCGCUCUCGUAAUUUCAAAAAUAUUUUUCAUAGGAAUUGAAUUGUUGCCUUCCAUUCCUGUGAAGUGCCAUGCCAGACUUAAGUUCAGUUCCAG